CAGCCGGUGGCUAAGGGGAAGGAGGGGGGGAGGGGACGGCGAAAACGACGACUGCGCUGGGAGGACCCAGAGCCUGGACGGCGGCGCUUGUUUUUCCUCUGUGGGCCGCGCUAUGUGAGCGCGUGUGUACUGCGCUGCGCCGGCGCCGGCAGUUUCGUCCCUCUUCAGCUGUUUGGGCGCGCUCUCUUGGGCGCUGGAAUCGUUGCUACGCCGUUCUGUCGUACGCCCGCUGCCCGCGCGAAAGAAACGUGCGCAUCUUGAUCGUGUGUAUUUUGAUGAGUGUCGUGACCGUGAUCAACACCGUGUCUACUACCACGUAAAAGAAAAGAACAGCCGGAAAUCGAGUGUCAGAAAGUGGGCGUGUGUGUUUGUGUGGCAUGUACGCGAGGUCUGUGUCGUUGGGUGCACUGAGUCGUGCUGUGUGAAACACCGUUAUUGAAAGAGAGAAAAGUGAGACAGUGACAAAAGGACACCGAGGAAAACGCCACGGAUCUGCAUGCACCCAACAAACCGUCACACCGACAGCUCUCGAGAUCUGAAAUCUGAGACCGGGUGAAACGACACGCGACGCACCGCGUCCCGUCUGUCAUCCUGUGUGUUCACGCCACGGCAUCUAGUUUAUAGGCAACGCGGAGAAGGUGUCGUUGGCAGGAGGAGCAAAAAGUUUCCGAUCGCCGAUCUUUCACAUGCCGACUGCUUCGGAACCCGUCUACCUCGCGCUCCUCGCGGCGUCCGAGCCGCCCGGGGCUGGUGCGUGAUAACGUAAGGGAAAAGGAGAUCGGACCUCGGGGCUCCGAGCUCUCGCUUUGUGCUCCGGUCGGCAUGGCGACGGCGUCUUCAGUGUCCACCGCCGACCACUCCUCGGGUUAUGUUUCGGUCUGGCUCCGACCACCCGAGCAACAGGCUGCGUCCGGCCCCGCUGCUCGAGCUGCCCAGGCAGCCGGAGGCAAGUGGGCCCUGACCGCGACCCUAGGAACCGUAGCCCUUGCGUCGCUACUUCCAGAGGCGGCCCGCUACCUCGUGUCCAGUUGCGUUCCUCUAUGGGCCGUCUUAUGCGCCCACUACUGGUUUUGCCUGGCUACCCGCGGAACCUUCAAGGCUUCGGACGGGUUCGUGGUCGCCCUGUCCGGGAUCGUGGGUGACCUCUCGGCUGGUGGAGUAGCGGGACGUCUUCCCAGUCCCGCCGGACUGGUCGCCUCGACUGCGGUGUGGGCCGCGGUGUGUCUGUCGGCCUGCGCGGUCGCCGCUCCGAGGGCGUUGGGUGUCUUGCCGUCUCUGGCAGCGUUGCGGCUCGUCGCCCUGGUGUCCCUCGUGGGCGGCUGGCCCUGUUGGGUGCGUGCAACCGUCGGCCACCUGUGCGGACUGUGCGGACUCCUGGCGGCCCGCUUCACCGAGGCUCAACUCCGGGCGGGUCACGUCUCCUCGCUGGUGUCGCCCGACGGAAGACUUCUGGCCGUACGUCGGCGUCGCACUGGCAGUUCACCGGGACUUCACGGACUCGCAGGCAAGGGACGUCGGACCUCGUUGCCCGUGCUGGGACAGCGUCAGCAGUACUAUGGACCUGGGUACCAGAAUUUCAGAAGAGACAAAAAAAAUCGCACGUUCCUGGAUUCCGAAACAACUCGAAAUCAGUACUCUUCCGAGUAUCGAAGCGACAACUGUAUUCGACAGGGCUCUAGCUCGACCGUGGACGUCGCUCUACUGGCGGAGGCGCACGGCCUGGUGACAGACAUGCUGCUGGACCCGAACCUCCCGCCGCACGUGGUGAGCGGGUUGCGAGCGCUGGCCACGCUGCUGUCGCCCCCGAGCCACGGGCCGCCGCAGCCGCGGCCCCGACCCGGGGGAGCCUCAGUCUCGCUGGCCGACUUCAACUGCGGCUCUGACACGGAGGAGAUACCGUACACCGGAGAAAGACCGUCGGCCCUGCCCAAGCGGCUGCGCCGCAAUCUUCCUCCGGGCCUGCUCCGGCGCAUGUCGACGAGCACGUGGACGACGACGACCUCGGCGACGGGCAUGCCCACGCUGGAGCCAGAGCCCAGCCGAAAGAGGAGCACUAGUUUCAGGCACGCGGCAGCCGCCGCCGAGGGGUCCGCCGCCGCGCAGCACCAGCAAUUCCUUGCGAACCAUGCAGCGGCGUCCAGCGGUUCGUCGGCUCGCGGCUCGGCGUCCGGUGGUCCGUCGUCGGCGCUGCAGCCGAAGGGCCGCUCGUUCUCCACGACGGCCAUCCCGUCGUCGGCGCUGUCCCGGCGAGGGGUACGCGAGCGCAAGACGGUGUGCAGCCUCCACCCGCUGAGCCUGGCCGCCGGGACGACGCCCGGCGCGGCGGCGGGCGAGGCCGCCGCCUCGGCGGACCAGCAGGCCACUCUGCCUUCGGUGCGCCGGCUGCACACAUCCGACUACGACUCCAGCAACGACUCGCCCAGCGGGUCGGACACAAACGACCCGGCGAGCGGGCCCAAUGUGCUGGAGGGUGCACUGAGGUCGCCGCAGCAGGCGACGGCCGCGGUGGCAACGGCGACAACGGCGGCGACGACGGCGGGACCCGUUCGCUGCGGACUCUGCGGGGCUCGGGUGGGCGCGACGCUAGCGGCAAGGCCCCGCGAGAGACGCCUCGAGGACGCCACUGGUGCCAAAGGAGACGAGGACUCGGGAUCGGGGAACGAGGGGGACUUCGACCGCGAAGAAGGGGGUGGCCUCUACGUGGGCGACACCCUCUUCCUGCCCGACGAAAUCGUCCGCGACCCACUGCUGGGCCGGAUAGCCGAGUGGGACUACCCUAUAUUUGAUCUCAACAGGCUAAAUCCGGACACCAUACUCAGCAAGAUGUGUUAUCGCGUAUUUUUAGAAGUUGGUCUGUUCGAUGCCUUCAAAAUCCCGGAGCCCGAGUUUCUCCAUUACUUCCACGCACUCGAGAGUGGUUACAGAGAAAAACCAUAUCACAAUCGAAUGCACGCCGCGGACGUCCUCCACGGGGUGUACUACCUGACGUCACAAGCCAUCCCUGGUUUCGUACAAGCGGUGCCGGACACCUCGGACUCGCCGCUACACAAGACGGCCGGAAACUUCCUAGCAGAAGAAACUUACGGUAUCAUGGGAGCCAACUUUCCGGCCUUAGAACUCAUGGCCCUCUACACAGCAGCUGCCAUGCACGACUAUGACCAUCCUGGCAGGACGAACGCCUUUUUGGUCUCCACGUACGCACCACAGGCGGUAUUGUACAACGACCGGUCGGUGCUGGAGAACUACCACGCGGCGUCCGCGUGGACGUUAUUCCUGUCCGAGUCGAAAUUUAACUUCCUCGUGCACCUGGACAAGGCGGAGUUCAAGCGGUUUCGCUUCCUCGUGAUUGAGUGCAUUCUCGCCACCGAUCUCAAGAGGCAUUUCGAGAUCCUUGCCGAAUUUAAUGCGAAGGCAAAUGACACAGAUGCCCCGGGGAUCGAUUGGAACAACGAGACUGACAGGCUGCUGGUAAUGGAGAUGGCCAUAAAGCUGGCCGACAUCAACGGACCGUGCAAGAGGCACGACAUCCAUGUUCAGUGGACGUACAGGAUAGCCGAGGAAUUUUACGAGCAGGGCGACGAAGAGGCGACGCUGGGCAUGCAAGUGUCGCCAUUCAUGGACCGCUGCAACCCGCAGCUGGCGAAGCUGCAGGAGUCCUUCAUCAACCACCUGGUGGCUCCUCUGUGCAACGCAUACGGCGAGGCUUGCCUGCUACCCGGACACUGGGUCGAGGCGUCCGACAGUGAAGACGAAGGUGGCACCGACAAAACAGAUUCCCAAACCGGAAGAGAUACGGAAGAGGAAAUGGAAGCGGAAACAUCUGCAAGCGAUGGUGGAGGUAUGCGAUUCUACAGUUUGAAGGCAAUAGCAUGGUGUGGUCGACCGUGGAAGAGGCCCAGUCAGCAGCUUCAGCCACGGAAGGUGAGCUGCCUCCAGACGAAGCACCUCCAGGACAACUACGAGCACUGGGUGAACAUCCUGAAAGAGGAGAACCGGCUCAAGGAGCAGCAGCAACAGCAGCAGCAACAGGGCGCCGCCGCUUCGUCGUCUUCGACGUCUCCUAGGGCAACCACGGCGCCCACGGCCGAGGAAGACCGUGCCGCCGCCUCGGAGGACGACGAGGACGACGGUGACGACGGCGAGUCGGACGACUGUGACGACGACGACGACGACGAGGAGUCACAAGCUGGCGUCGUCGGCGCCGACGUGGUGGUGGCGGCUGCGCCGUCACCACACCAGGAAGAAAUGGAGACCAUCCAGGAAGUGGAGGAAGGCGCACUCGGAGGCCAGGGCUCAACCAAGACGUCGCCAUGCUCAGGAAGCUGCUAGCAGUGCUGUGAGGACGCAGGGCGGUGCGAAGACGCUUGCUGCCGUCGACGACGCUGUUGUUUCUGGUGCGUCACACCCACGUCCACUUCCGCCGUCACCGCUGAGCGCAGGACCAGCGACGCCCGGUCGCGAACAACGGUCUAGCUUCCCCACCUCGACCGAGGAAGGUUCUUCCCGCCGGAACUGACCGACCGCUGGGGCGCUCCGCCUGAGAACAACUCCCCCCACCCAACCAGCCGCCGAGAGGAUGGGCUCAGCGAGAAACAACAGCCUCUGGCGACAAUCAUCAUAUCAAGGAGCAGGCCCUCGGUACACAGGACACACCACAGACAGACACACGUCUUCGCCGGUCUCGCCCCGGAGGCUUACGCACGCUGGCAGAAAGGCGCCGGCUGUCGCUCUUUCCGCUUAGCGCCUAAGCUCUAGAAGAUGUGUGUGACGUCAAAAACAGCAUUACGUAAGGAUAGUUGAAGGUUCCCGCGAAGGUUCACUCGUCUGGUCGCAGAUUGUGCGAAUGACACUACAGUAAGGAGUCACGUCCUGGAAUGCCGGCUAACUCUUGUUACACUUGGCGCAUGCGCUCUCGCAGUGUGUGUGUGAGGUCACAAUGCGUCGCGACGUCACAGCAGUUGAUGGGCUUCGCGGAAGUUGGUUCGUCUGGUAGGCGAUCGUGCCAGUGUGAUUGCAGUAGCGUGGUAAUCUGUUAAAGCCAAGGACCCAUCUGCGUACCGAGUCACAACGCGUGAGGAUGAACGCAAACUCGGACAACGUUCUUUGCGACUUAUCACUCAACCUUACGUGUCAGGCGGGCCCGCAAAAUGCCUCCUUGGCGUCAAGGCAUUCGGACGUGAGCUCUCUGAGUAGCGUGACCAGCAGCAACUUUCGGUAGAGCUAAUCUGAGUUGACCUCUUUGGGUAUCAUGUGCAGUCUCUACCUUUCGGCGUACGGAGGCGGCAUCUAUCAGCGGCUUGCGAAAUGAGUGACAGUCGGCGCCUUCCCCGAAGCCUUCCUAGGACCAAAUGGCGCCUGGUGUGAAAACCAGUGCUCUGUACUGAACAGCUUUUAUUUUUUGUUCGUUUUCUUCGCCGACAUGUUUCCUUUUCGCGUUCCUGUUUUUUCUUCCACGGCAAAGGGCUUGGCGAGCAAACACAUCUUCCUCUGGCCGGCAGACGCUCGAACAUUACGCAGACAGUAAUGAGCAGUUGUUGCCAGACUUCUUUUCUCUCUCGACCGGUCGCUGAAAUGCACAACCAUCGCUGUGACAUUUCGGCAGCAAUGUGCCCGAGACUAUUGUGAAUAUAUUGCUAGAAUGUCGUCACCCGUCAGCCCUACUGAGGGCGCAGUGUGUGAAACGUAUAAAUCGAUGUUUAAAGCUGACCGACAAUGCAGACCCGGCACAGUGAGUGGCACAGAUAGGAUUUUUCUGUGCAUCUUCGUACGGAAGCCCGGGAAGUUGCUCUUUUAGCAAAAAAAGAAAAGAACAAAACAUUCGACGUAACACACACACCUCCUUUAACGUUGAUGGUCUUAUUAGAUCACAUGAGGUCACCCUAUACAUCACUAUUUCUCUAGUUAUCGGAUUUUACUUUUCGAAACUGCAGAGUAAUUUAUGAAGGAUGGCGCAGUAGGUUACUCUCUUUUAAUUUUCACCACUCCAUGUUCGUUAAUACGCACAUUGGACGGAAAUAAUAUAAUGUGCUUACAUAUGAUCAUGUGGUUACGUGUAAUGUUAUUCGGUGCCAUUGUUUACGAAGUGUACUUAUCUGUUUUUCUGGAGCCUCUAUGAGCAUAUAUUGGUGGUCAUGUAAAUUUCUUUGUAAUUUGAGCCUUUCAGAGAGAAGCGGGAUGAAGGAAAUGUAGAGAGGUCAACUGUACUGUUUAUUUUGCUCCUGUGCACAUGGAGAAGACACGUAUGUACUUUAUUCCCGUGCAAGACGCAACGUAUGUACACUCUACACAUUGAAUCUAAGGUGCCUGUAAUUGGUUCUCCAGAUCAGCUCACGCUUUAUCUCCUAGGAACUUGACUUACUUGCAUUUCAUUUUAAAUACCGAAGAAAUUUUACAUUCCACUCCUAUUGCAAUGUGGUCAUCCGUACCGGGAAUCGAGCCCAUUACUUUGUGCCUAGCAGCACAAUGCCACAGCCAUCGAGUCGCCGUGGAGAGUCCGCGUCGCUUGCCGUGCUGGUGCGGAACCCCGGGUAUUACGACUUGCAAAUAGGGAAUUGCUUGGCUUGAAACUACGGUACAUCUUGUAGUUUUUGGUUUUCGGUGGAGGGAACGUAAUGAAACGUGUUUUUCGUGAAAGAUUUACGUGCCUGGAAAGCCUUUCUUCGAAGUUUCAAUGAGUUACCCGAAUCUGGAUAGGCUGCUUUAGCAGAUGGUCUUACUCUCUUUCGUUUCUUUUGUGUGUGUGUCCACUGUGAGAACUGUUUCAAAUGCGACCAAUGUCCAGUAAGUUAGAGCAACCGCCAUCGAUGCCUCGUAGCGACCUUUCGUGGCUAUUAUACACUCAAUAUAGAUUAGCGAGCAAAAAAAAAAGAAAAAGAACCACCAAUAUGUAGAUGAGUUCCAGUUUUCUAGUAAGAAAUGCAUUUUAUGUCAGCUGACUUGUGCCGGAUGUCUGGUCCCCUUUCCUUAUUGGUUUAUUUGGUCCCCUUACCUCAUUCGCCAGUUCUUUCAUACCGAGACUCAUAUUCGCCUGGAUGGGCUAGUCACUGCUGCGCAUAGUCUAUAAGUACGUCGACUAACGCACUUUACCUCUGUUAUGCCAGGAAAUCAUCGACAUAUGCACAUUGGGCAUUCUGGCAGCUUCGUCUGCUGGCAGGCGGAACAUUCGUUGUUUUACUCUGUGUGAAAACAUGCGUUGGGUCCCCCGCGUUCAGGUGCCAGCAUGCACCUGAAUGUUCUUGUGAACGGUGCCGGCCUGCACCAAAGAUUCAGGGGCUGACAUGCACCUGAAUGUUUUUGUUAAUACCAUUAUCAUUGCGGCAUAAAUCAAAAGUUAUUCACCUGUCAUCAUAUUUAGACUAUAAAUUCGCGUGUCAAUUCUAGUCCAUCACUAUGCUACCUCUAAUUUCACGAAGGCAGCUUUGCUGCAUCACCCAUGACUAUUUUGUUUAUUUUGAUGCUUACUCCACUUCUGUCAAUUGUCCCCAAUUUAUGUAUAUAUGUUUUGUCGUGCUUUUGUUAAACACUGUGAUUAUUGCAUCACUAUUUUCCAUCACUCUCUAUUGACAAAUGCUGAAGGAGCUACGUACAUCUUCGCUUUGUAACAAAUGCGAUUUAUUCUGCACAUGAAAAACUGCAUCUGUUUUCCCACCGGACUGAACUAACUGUCAAUCAAUGUCGUGUUCAGCUGUCCGUCUUUUUUAAUAAUAUUUCAUUACUUUUCUCCUGUCAUCACUGUGCACCUUAGAAAGUAAGUUGUCUAGAGGUAACGUCAUUUUUGCUCAGUUAAGCACAGACCAGCAAUCAAGAGCAGAAUAGGUCCUUGGUUUUCUGCCGUACAAAGCAGUAUGUGCCUGACCUCCAGCUUUCCUUGGCAGUGGUACCGAUUGCGUUGUAAGUAAAGAUUGCACAGGCAGUUCUUUUAUUUUGCGUAAUUUAGAAUUGUGGUUUUUUAUAAGUACCCUUAAGACAUGACCUCUUGAUACAUUGCUUAUGCUGACCACCUCCUUCAAUGCUCUCCACAGUUGUGGUGGUGGUGGCAUUUCCGGAUAGAGCCCUAACCCAGGCCUGUGCAGCUUUUAUAGUUACGGUUAUUACCAUUUGCCGCAGGACCUGUUCUAGCAGUUACACUAUGAUUUCUAUUUUAUGAAAACAGCUUUAUUAAUAUUGGCUUCUAUUGCCGCAUUUUCGCUCAUCGGAAAAUUAUCAGCGUUUUCCAUCACAUAAAACGCCUACCACCGCGGAGAAAACAUCCGCAGAAUUCAUUGACUUUUCACUACCAUACAUAUGCCACCAUUUUACUGUAAUAUUACUCAGCUUAUUUUACUUCUACUUCAUGUUAAGGUUUUUAGAAGAUAGAUGCCAUUAUGUUUUUGCUGUUGCGUUAUUGUUCGCUGAUUUUUCUCCCAACGCAACCAGUUUCAUUGUUUGUACUUUGUUUUCAUUGUAACUGAAAACAUUGUUUUAUUUAGAAGCAGAUAAGUUUUGUGAUCGUAUAAUGAGGGCAUUUGAGUUGGCAUCUAACGAAAAGCUUCCUCAUUUGCAUCCUUACAGUUUAAAAUAUGAACACACAGUGCCAUUUUAAAGGCUUGUGUAGUUUAAAGAAUGCAUUGUAGUUAUUCACGAUGAGGACCUUUUACAAUAAGCUUUUAAUCAUCUGUACGUAACUCCUUUUAGGACACGCAUCUAUUUACGAAGGGUCGAUAGUAUUCCCUUCAGAGUACAAGUUCUUGAUCACUGACGCUCGUUUCAGACAUCUUCUUUAAGCAAAAGAGCAGUUUUUGUUUGUGCGUUCCUACCAAAGUGAGCACUUUUAUUUUAUUUCGAAAGCCUGUAUCUAAGAAUCAAUUUUGCGGGCAGUCUUGUGAAGCCUAACACGCUUAGGUGACUUAAUCUGUUGUCAUGUCGUUAAUGGUUCUGACAGGAGUCGCGAGGCAAGUACUAAAAACGCACUCCGUAUAUUCCCUUCGAGUAAACAUUUCUGAAGUGCAGGCUGUUAUCACUUUCUCUCGUUCUGUUGUCUGGUCCUUAAUUAACAAUGCUGCCGCACAUUGUGAGGCAAGCACCCCAAACAUUAUUAUACGCUGUAAACACUCUUGCUUUGUUUGAACCUGUUACGAUUUGCAGCCACUUUCACGGUACAACAUAUAGUUGGCAUUGAGUGACGAGGGUAUCGCGAGUAUAUGGCUAUUAGUUCUAGGCGCCGAAAGGUUUAUUGACAAUGUUGGUGUACAGCUAAAUUAUAAGGAAGCGCUCGGCACCCUUGUUAAUUCCAAGGACCCAUCAAGUAAGGCAAAUAAUUAUGCACUAAGAUCUGCGAACUCUACACUACGCGUUACCAGGUCAUGUCAGCAUCGCAAGUUGGACAUUGAUAUAACGAAUUAUCGGGUAUACCGAAGUCAGCUAUAUCUGUUUUCGAUACUGGUGUGUAACGAAUAUAGAUACUUCGAAAAGCCAAAAUUUCAGCAAAAGUGUUUUUACGUUGUAUGCGACUUCGUCGUAACGUGGUUUAAACAUGUUGGGCAUUUAUAGCCCACCAAUCACAAAAAUUUCAAUGCCGGCUGUCUACUAUGUUACAUUUCUAGAAGCAGAGCAUGUGGGCCUCACCACGAGCACGAAACAAUCGAGCAUUAACCUUUCCGUCUCCGACAAUCUCUGGCAUUCGCUGGUGGGUUUAAACUCUCGCAGCAAUCCGUACAAUGCCAGACGUUGAUCUCAAACUCCGACCAGGUCAUUUCUGCGUAAGAAGGCUGGGAUUGUUCACAUCCGAUAUGGUUGCGAAGCCUUGUUUAAGUUCUUCUAAGCCAUAACUGCAGCAAAGCGUUUGCAUAAUGUUCUAGUGCUCUGCCACGUCAACUAACAUCACGUCGCUUGUCGAACCUCUUGGAAGGCACCAGAUUAAGCUCUAGGAAUCCAGAGUGCUUCUGUUCUUUUUCAAUGUCGUUUGCAGCUCGUUGUUUUUACAGUGCCUACUUUCACCGAAAACGCACUCACCCUGGAUGAUGUCUUAAUUUAAACGUUUCUUGUAGCUAUGCUCACUGUCAUACCACUUUGAAUAAUUGUACUCCCUCCCCGCUUUCAGCUGCAAGCUCUUGUAGGGGUUGCCCGAUAAUAGGAACUCCAAUACAUUAACAUUUAUUUCUUACGAAGAGUACGUUAUCAGUUUCACAGCUUACUACGGCUUUGUCAUGCGUUUUGUCGGCAUGCUCACUCUGAUAUUUUUUUUUCGUCGUUCUUUCUGUGCAGCCGUUUUUCCAAGUGUGUCUUUGGCGUACAGGGUCCCUGCGUCUUUCGUUUUACGGUGAUAUAAUAGAAGUAAGGUGUUACUAGCGUAGUAAGAGAGAUAAUCGAGCAGCUAGUGCAGAGACACGGAAGCUGCGGUACACAUAUGCCACGAAAGAUAGCACCGCGCACAAAUGUAAGCACUUUUGUGACACAUUUCUUUCUCUUUUCUCUGUUCCUACCCUGCCCACACCGUGUCGGGGAGUAGGAUGUGCAGACAUUGGAAUGGGAAGUGUCGUGGCAUUGCUUGAUUGCUGGCCCAGCUGAGGAAAGCUUUACCUACAGCUAUUAAUCUACGGCCUCAAUAGGAAGAUUUAGACACUCCACAAUCCUGCCCUAUAGCAACGUGUGGCCCGCAGUGAUGUGCUAUGUGAGGUACCACUAGCUACCGUACAUGGUCAGAACCGCCUCGAGGCUCUUUGCGCACGAGUCAUUGUGGCAAACCAGCGUAACUUACUACCUUUCUCUAUGCCUGUAAUGAACAGUGAUGAUAACUCCGGAAAUAUUUAGUGAGUAAGCCUAGGAUUUAUGCAUCGUAUAGUUUUCAGGGUACUGGGAACAUUGAAUUCAUAUUUCAUUAUGGUGAUCGUGUAUGCGUUAGCAUUGGACAAUUCUAAGAUUUCUAUAUAUGUCUCAUGGGUCCUGAGAAAGUAGAAAUUUCCAAGGCUGAUCACUUUUAGUUGACAGCAAAAUUAACUAAGUACACUUCACCCUUGCCGUGUAGUCAUGUGAGUAACCCGAUAGGUGUCUUUGUAGUUUUGUGCUACAACCAUACGGAUGCCAAAUUUAUUUUCAUCGAAACUACCUCUACCUGUCGGGUCGCUACGUAAUUUACGUCGUUCUUUAAGGCGUACGUUAGUGUCACUGAGGGUUGACUAAAUUAGCUGAAAGGCUACGCCCAUGGACUGAUCAGGCAUCAUUCUCUUAAGGAACCACAGGCUCAGAACGUUGGUUACACUGGUAAUGGUGAACAUGUGCAGUGGUCUUACGUCAGCCUGUAUUUACAUUCUCCUUCGCGAAAGUCUUCGCGGUACCCGGCGCCAUACUUCGGACCAAGCGAACGCUUGCUGUCGUGUCCGUGUCGAUUGUUGUCGAGCUUCAAUAGAGUUUGCGUACAAAGCUCGAUAUGCCCUGUCUGCUCGCGCAGCGUCGCAAACCGAAGUUGUAAAACGAAGCUAUUGAAUUGUUUUAGCCUGUCCAUAAUCGUAUUAGAGGUUACGAAGUACCAGAACAACGCAGACACACGCGGCAACGUUGGUGGCGUCCUCCUUCGACUCUAACAUCAACUAAGGGACGUGCAUAUCGGUGCAGGCGCUCACUGCAAGGCGUAUGCAAUCAGUUGGUGGCUUUGUAUUUUGGUACCAUGUUUAACUAUGGCGUGUCAUAAAUGACCCCCCCCCCCUCGCCCCUCCCAUUCAGUUAGUUUCCAACACACCAUUGUCCGAAAACAAACCGAGGUAAUAAUAAUUUCAACCUCACGACGCUUCUGUCUCGUCCGAAACGUUUACGGCACCAUACAAUUAGUGAACAAGCCCACCCAUUCAAAAAAAAAAAAAUCUUUGGCUUGUUCUCGUUAUGCAAAAUGUCAAAAGAGGUCGCCACCAUUACUACCGCUCGCGUCUGCGUCAUCUGGCCUUUCGGUGUACUACGCCUAGCAUGUCUUCGUUAUAGCUUCAGUGUAGCGUACCAUGAAGGUCUGCGUCCAUCGCGAAAGGCUGAGUACAAUGUGUGUAAAGUGUACGGGUACAUGGAAGAUCCGUGUCACUCAAGCUACCUGUUUUCUACAGUUAUGACAUAGCGAGUUUCGAGAGCUCUUUGUUGCAGGUAAAGGAUUCAAAUGCGCACUGGCAGUUUUUGCUCUGAGAUGGGUUUUAAUUGGCCCUAACGUGUUAUAAGGGUAGCUUUCGUUUGGGGCUGUUAUCGGGGGUACGUCUAGCGUUUGUUCUAGUUACAGACAUGCCUAGUGUAGUGGACUUCAUCUACCCUACAGCAGUGCAUAACUGGACUGCGCCGGUGAAGUCGGCAAUUUGAAUACACGCGUCUCAUCGCCAUUUUCGCGGCCUCAAAGCCUUGCAUCGGCAUGCUCGUGGUUAUCACAUUCCGCCGUGCGUUGUCAAAUGCACGUGUCCUUGUUUACGAUACUUGCGCGCUUUUGGCUCGUUGAAGUGGAAGUUAUCUGAGGCAGGAUUAGAGGAUCACUGAAAACGACAUAUGGCGAUGACAGGACAGCACUACGUUCAAUGAUAAGGAUUCAAGCCGAGAUGAGGUUUCCUGUGCCCUAGAAUUUCCAACUAAUAUUUCCAUGAUAUCACACGGAAAUACCAAUUUUGUUCGGCGCCAAAUUCUAUAUUCAUAAACUUCGUUCCUCGUUUUCGCCAACAACAGUUUAUCUACAUUGUUGAAUAAAGUUCAAAAACAAACUUUUCUACCAGUCUAAACUUAGUCAUUCUUCCUCUCGGUGGUCUUUAAGCUUCGUGCAGCAAGCCACAAUGGAAGUUUGUGCUUUUGUCUCUUAUAGCAUCUUCUUUUUUCUUGUUAUCUGCCACGUACAUCACCACAUAUGCUUGCAGCUGGUAUUUCAACAGCCAAAAGUAUUUCUCUUGAACCCCUUUUUUUCCUCUCUGUGUCGUACCUUCAUUUAAUAGCAUACAGUAUAGAAUUCUUGUCACGUUUCCUGCGUCUACGCGCAGUUGUCGUGGUGUUAUUGCAAUGAACAUGACCACGAACACACUACAUGGGACGAUUUCAUUACUGACGCGAAGGCGACGCAUAUAUGGACGUAUUAGCAAUUUAACUAUUCACUAUUGUUUAGGCAUUUCUACUGUAAAAAAAUGAAGGAAAAUACGUACACAGACAAUGCGCACUUGACGAAUCAAAGAAAACUUUUAAAGAACCUAAUAUACCGCUAAUCUUGGUCAACGUUGAAGUUAUCGUUCUGUUGGCGUUUCAUGUUCUGUCGAAUGCGCGUUCGAGUGAUGCAUCGAGCAUUGCUUCGAAAUCACGUGCACAUUAUCAAACACCUCUAGAGUGAAAUAUGUUAACGAAUAUUAAAACCGAAACCUACGAGCCUCUGAACAAAGUGUCGGCAUUUUCGCGAGUGUGCCUCGAGAAAAAAAUCAUCGCAAGCCAAUGCAAGCCAGUAUCGCACAUUGCCAGAUAUCAGUAGCGCACUGACUUGCAAUAUGCAUUAAUACAUAAUGCAAGCCAUAACGCCUUGCGUUAAUGUAAUUGCAUUAACGUUAUUGCAUUAAUGCAAUUACAUUAAUGUCUUGCAUAUUCAAACGAGUGUGAGCUCGUUGCGACUAUUUUACCUACUUGCAUUGCCUCAAGUAAAACGCGGGAUCAUUUUCGCGGGGUGUGGCGUUUUCUUUUUUUGUCAUUAGGUUCUAUACCCUCUAAAACAAUUAUGAUCCAUUUGUUUUGAUGCAUGAUUUUUAGCGUUAGGUUAUAGUGGUAUGAUAAUGGUUAUCUAACGCUCGCAGGUUCCCAAGCAGGUUGAAUGCACAAGUACAAUUACUGAUGCCUACUACCUUGGCGAGAGGAGAAUUAAUCCUUUGUUUCUGGAUCAAUAAUGAGAAAUGCAGUCUGUUUCACUGUAUUCUUACUUUCAGGUGCCAAAAUUAUGUAUGCAGGAUUUCAGCUGAUUUAGAACCUGAUAAAUCUUUCUAUAGCAACGAGAAAUUGGCAACGACAUGGUAUAAUGGAUGAAAGUCUUAUCACUUCGGAACUACACCUUGCCAGUGUGACCUUCAUGUCAAUGUUGUUUGUUGUUUUUUUUUAUUCAUGUGGAAGUGAUAGUGCAAGCUUGUUGUAAAGUAGAGAUGUGCCCCGUCAGCUUUUGUUUCAUUCUGCGCAUGCAAAAGCAGCCUCACAUUAAAUCUUACAUUGGGGCACGUUGAAAUUCCUGGAAAGAUUUGCUGAAGUUGACAUUGUGUCCAAAAACCACGCCCACAAGACUGAAAUCUUGAAGGCAGGCAACAUUUCUGUGAGACAUUUUGAGUUUUAGUACGUCUUGCUAUUUGCCUUGUCAUUGUUAACAUUGUGUGCUAAAACCACGCCCACAAGACUAAAUCUUGAAGGCAGGCAACAUUUCUGUGAGGCAUUUUGAGUUUUAGUACGCCUUGCCGUUUGCCUUCUUUGCGUUGAACACGCAAGGCACAACAUUGUCUUUGGGGAGCGAAUUCGAUGCCGUACGAAAUGUUUUUUCAUCGUGCCUGAUAAGCCAAGCUUAACAAAUUAUCAAUUUCCAAGUCCUCAAUUAAAAGAUGCCAAAAAAAGCUAAGAAAAAGCUGUGACAGCAAAGGUAGGCGGCAUGCCGUUACGAAAGGUGUAUUCUGAUUGAAGAGGUAUUUUCAAGCUCUCGGUCUUGUAUGCCCUGAUGUACCACGCGUCAAUUUUCGCCAACUGAUUUUAGAAUGACGAGCCAAGAAAUUUUCUCCUGGUACGGCGGGAGGACUCAUGCACAGUGACUUCUGAUACCUUACCUUCUGUGUCUCGUUUUUUUUUUUUCAUUUUUUCUUUGUAAUUGCGUAGUACAAGCUGAUCCAUUAUGAAGGAGAAUGCCUUGACAGUGUUCAUUCAUGUAGAAAUCCAAACAAGACAAGUUGAGGGGAAGAUGCUGGUUUGAAAUUAUAAAAAAAAUCGUUGAACAGGGGAAUGUCGCUGGAGUCUAGGCUUCGACAAGUAAACUUCUCAUCGUCAGGGCAGUGGACGAAGACAAGUCCACUUAUUGUAACUAGGAUUCCUGUUCAACCAUCUUUCAUGACUAUUUCAGACAGACGUGCGAGUUAAACAGCCGCUCAAAUAAGAGCUUAUUAUUUCUCUUGUAUGGGUAUGUGCUUCCUGGCACGCUUCUCAUUUCAUGGGAAAACGAUAGAGCAAUUAACCACAUUUAGAGAAGAUCAGGCGUUCCCUCUCAUAUUCGUCCACCCUGUAAGCACAACCAAAAAAAUGGCGCUUCCUUAGGACCACCUCGAAGUCCGAUUUCCUCUUUCGCAGGAGACGAAAGAAAACCGAGACAUCAAUCUACUCAUUAAAUACUCGUACAUGUUCAAAUUUGUCUUUCUUAACUGAGUGAUGCAUUCAUAUUCACAUCUAACGAAACAUUUACAUAAACGCGCAAUUGUUUUCAUUUUUGUUCAUUUUAUUUGGCAUAGUUUUGUGUAUAAACACCAUUGAUCACUGGCACACUAUAGAUCACUGUUUAAUUAUCCAAGAAUAUAUAUAUAAUAGCUGUGCACUCAUUACCUCGCGCAAAGAGCGUUCGUUCAUCCGUGAUGUGUGACUUCUUUUUCCACUUAGGCGACGUGUGAAAUGAUGCUUCUGUAUAGACACAAUACAUUGUUCUUGCUGUUGACACCGAUGCAGCUGUGAGACGUUCACGAAACUUUUAUCGCAGUGCAUUGUUCCGUUUUCGUUUCAACUUCCGUUCCUUGUCGUAGCUUCCCGGGCGAUACUAGCGCUUAUAUAUGUAUAUGUCACGCGGAAAAAAAAAUGUCGAGAGCAUGGAACGUUGACUUGGCGCUGUGGCAAAGUUGUUCCCCUGGACUCCCAAGUGUUUUUUCAGUGACGUUUAGGAACCACGAGACCAAAAAGAAGAACAGAAACAUUUCUGGGACCCCCCUUUGACAUUCUUUCGUUUCUUGCGGCCGAACAUUUCUAUUCCCGGCCGGAAUUUUAGUCCAUACGACCAAUCCCGGCAAACACAGUUCGCUAGAUAUGCCGGGAACUUGGCUCAGGAGUGUUGUACAGCUACAUAACAUUGUGUUAUUAUUUUUUUUUUCGUUUCUCUCUCUCACUCUCAAACUUUUCUCCCUAUCUCUCUUUGUCCCCUCCUUUCACAAAAAAAAAAAGUGUCACGUGCUUUUAACGAUGUUGCAGUGUGUUUCUCUGCUUCCACAGUGUCGUGGCGAGUGAUGAUGAUACUUGCCAAUUACCGUGCUCCUCUGUUGUUGAGCUUCGGGCAGUGAACCCGCUUGCGUGAGUGAUGAUGAAGAUGAUAUUGACGCUGGUGAUGAUGCUGACGAUGCUGAAAUGUGCUGCUCUCCUUAAUUCUUUUUUUCUUGGAGCGAAGUGUUUUUGGAGUUGAGUGUUGGAAAGCUCGGGACUCUUCUUCAAUGCACCUCUGGCCCCUCCACUUGGGGCUUUGACGGUGGGCUAGGCACGAGAGUGUAUGACCUUUCGAUGACAUGUAUUUCAUGCCGCGAAGACCUUUAACAGAAUGAGAGAGAUGGCGAGGAAUAAAAAAAAAACAUCUGUCACACACCCUGCACGAUAUGUGGGUCCAUAGCUUUUGUGUUUUGUUUUUAUCCAUAGUGUUCUCUUUUCUUGUGUUGCACCACCUCUGCAAAUGGUGAGGAUGGGCGUAAACAACCUGUAAAUAAAAUGUUGAAAAAAAGUAUAAGUUGACGCCGGUGCGGAAUUAAAAAGAGCUGAACCCUUGAA